CGCGAUCUUGGUCAACAUGUCAUCUGGAAAGUCUUCUAUGCCUUAUGUCCGCCUGGGUAAAUCCGGUUUGAAGGUGUCCAAGAUCAUUCUGGGCUGCAUGCAGUACGGAAGCACGGGCUGGAACCAAUGGGUCAUUGAUGAUCAGGAGGAGGUGAACAAGCACAUCAAGUUCGCGUACGAUCACGGCAUUCAAACCUUUGACACCGCGAAUGUCUACUCGAAUGGUCUAUCGGAGGUAAUGCUUGGAAAUGCGAUAAAGACGCUCGAGCUACCUCGAGAGGAGAUCGUCGUCCUAACCAAGCUAUUCGGAGCUGUGGCCCCGAAGUAUGACAUGAACAUCAUGGCUGCGGGACUCCAGCCAGAAGAUGUCGGUAUUAUCAAUCAGCGCGGUCUGAACCGGAAGCACAUCUUCGAUUCUGUGAAGAAGAGUCUGCAGCGUCUUCAGCUGGACUAUGUUGAUCUUUUGCAAUGUCACAGGUUUGAUCAUGAUACGCCAAUUGAAGAGACCAUGCAAGCUCUGCAUGAUGUCGUCAAGGCCGGCUACGUCCGCUACAUUGGCAUGAGUUCCUGCUACGCUUACCAGUUCCAUGCUAUGCAAAACUACGCCAUUAACAAUGGCUUGACGCCCUUCAUCUCCAUGCAGAACCAUCACAGCCUCGUGUACCGCGAGGAAGAGCGCGAGAUGUUCCCCACGCUCAAGCUAUUCGGUGUGGGUGCGAUUCCGUGGUCGCCGCUCGCGCGAGGUAUUCUCGGCCGCCCGCUCUCGGAACAAACGAAGCGUGGUCAGACUGACAAGUUCGUCAACCACUACAAAGACAGCGCGGGCACGCCCGAGAUCGUGAACCGCGUUGAGGAGCUCGCGAAGAAGAAGGGUGUCAGCAUGGCGCAGGUCGCUAUCGCCUGGAGCUUGGCGAAAGAGGGCGUCACCGCGCCUAUCGUCGGCACGACGAGCUUGAAAAACCUCGAGGACAUCCUCGGCGCUGUGAAUGUGUCGCUUACCCCGGAUGAGAUCAAGUAUCUCGAGGAGCCGUACCGCCCACUGGCCAUCGACGGCCACGCUUAAGUUACUUAUGAGGGGCAAUAACAUGCGUAACAGAAAACAGGAAGAAUGUAAAAUUACCUUUCUUGUGUACACUAGCGCGCUUAUGUCAAAGUAGCAACAUGUGGUCUCUUCGGGA